AAGACAACCCCUCCUCCUCCUUCUAGAUUAUUCCCAAGAAUCCAAAGAAGCCAAUUAAUUGAGUCUAAUCAAACCAACCCCUACAAUUGUUUACAACACAAAAACAAACAAAGAAACGAACAAACGGACUCAACGAAAGGACGCAAGAGCGGAGUAGGUAAUGAGGAUUAGCUUUUGGAUUGGAUAGGAUAGGAGAGGAGACCCCCAUUUCUCGGCUCAAAAGUUCUUCGCCUUUUUCCGUCUGUCUCAGUCCACGGCCUCCCACUUUCUCUCUCACUUUCCCUCGUUUUCUCUCUCCCCAAACACCGCUUUCUGACACAACCCACCCUCUCUGCAAACUCCUCUGUUGUCACUCCCCUUGUUUUUCUCUCAAGCCUUUGUCCCUUUCCCCCCGAAAGCUAUUCAACUUUUUAUUCUCUCUCUCUCUCUCUAUCUCUUUUCUAUCUCUGAUCGAUCAUGCUUCAAAGCUUGGUUCCGCAAUCUCCAAUAUCGAAUUCUAACCCUAAUCCUAGCUCUAGCAAUAGCUCCGCCAUGAGGACGAAGCGCGUGGACCGGGAUGAUAGCUCCGGCGACGAGACGACGAUGAAGCGGAGGACUUUCUUGAACGAGGGGUCGGUCUCCGGCGAGAAGGCUGUCGAGGAAGCGGAGGGGAGCGAGUCGAGCGGGCUGAGACUCCUAGGGCUUCUGCUACAGUGCGCCGAGAGCGUCGCUACGGAGAACCUCGACGACGCCACCGAUCUCCUUCCCGAAAUUGUGGAGCUCUCGUCCCCGUAUGGCUCGUCGCCUCAGCGCGUGGGGGCGUACUUCGCGCACGCACUCCAGGCUCGGGUGAUCACCUCCUGCUUGGGCACCUACACACCGCUGAGCUCCAAAAGCCUAACCCUAACCCAGUCCCAGAGAAUCUUCCUCGCUCUCCAAUCUUACAAUUCCAUCAGCCCCUUGGUGAAAUUCUCUCACUUCACUGCCAACCAAGCCAUUUUUCAAGCCUUGGACGGCCAACUGGACGUCCACGUCAUCGAUCUCGACAUAAUGCAGGGCCUCCAAUGGCCAGGAUUGUUCCACAUCCUGGCAUCCCGAAGUAGAAAGAUCCGAUCUAUGCGGGUCACCGGGUUCGGAUCCUCCUCAGAGUUGUUGGAGUCGACCGGCAAGAGACUUGCGGACUUUGCUACUUCGCUGGGGUUGCCUUUCGAGUUCCACUCGUUCGAGGGCAAAAUCGGGAAUCUGAAAGAUCCGAGUCAACUCGGGGUGAGGCCGAGCGAGGCGAUCGUGGUGCACUGGAUGCACCACUGCCUGUACGACAUAACGGGGAGCGAUUUGGGAGCGUUGAGAUUGUUGACUUUGUUGAGACCGAGGGUGAUGACGAUGGUGGAACAGGAUCUGAGCCACGGGGGCGGGUUCUUGGCGCGGUUCGUGGAGGCUUUGCAUUACUACAGCGCGUUGUUCGACGCGCUGGGGGACGGAUUGGAUGGAGACAGCGUGGAGAGGCAUAUGGUGGAGCAGCAGCUGUUUGGGUGCGAAAUUAGGAACAUCGUCGCUGUGGGUGGGCCCAAGAGAACCGGAGAGGAGAAGGUAGAGAGGUGGGGGGACGAGCUGAGGCGGGUCGGGUUCCAACCCGUCUCGCUUGGAGGGAACCCGGCGGCCCAGGCCAGCUUGUUGCUUGGGAUGUUCCCAUGGAAGGGUUAUACUCUGGUGGAGGAGAACGGGUGCUUGAAAUUAGGGUGGAAGGAUCUGUCUCUGCUCACCGCCUCGGCGUGGCAGCCGUCGGAUUGAAUUGCUGUGAUGGAAUCCGAUGAGUAUAAUUUGGAUCAGGAACAAGUGGUGGGAGAGCAUGGGGAUCAUCAUGCUUUUGCUGCAUUUAAAUGUUGUGGAAGAGGAGGAGUUCAGAGAAUUUUGUUUGUGUUUAAUAAUGAUAUACCAUGGAGAUAUUUGAAGGUGGAAGCAUCAUCAAGUGAACUAGUCCUUGUUCACUUUUGUUGUUAAUUCUUUGAACUUGUUCCUGUGUAUUUGGAAAAAGGGGAAAAAACAUAGAGAAACAAAAACGAUCCUUUCUAUUUGGAGGUAGAGCUUAGGUUUUAGGGGAUUUUAUAGGUGCUAAACUGGAGUGGUAGUCAUUGAAUUCUUAAUUCCUUGUAAUUGCUUGAUUUAUUUGAAUAUUUCACAUGUAGACCUUUGUUAAA